CAGCCUCCAUGUUGGCCUUUGAAAUGGGAGGAGUUGGUGGGAGUUGUAGGCGCUGGAGUUGGAGAACAAAAUGCUGAGGUUCCAGUCUCUGCCUUGGGCCUUUCUGAUGGGACUUCUGUUCCCCAUGGUGCAGCCUGUCUGCAGCGUGCCAUCUCCAGUUUCAGGCAGCCCACUGUCUGAUGACGAGUACCAGGUCUUCUUCUCUGCCCUGAAGCCCUCGUGGAAGGCAGGAGUGGCCUGCCAGAUCCGACGUACCCAAGGGUGCCAUGACCCUAAAAUCAUCCGGCUGGACCAGUUUGAGAACCACGGCUGGAUCCCAGAGGGCCCUGUCUGUUCUGACCUUCUUGAUGCCUCGUGGUUUCAAACCUUCUGCCAGUUUGCACAGUAUCGCUGCUCCAACCACAAGUACUACAACAAGCGGAUCCUAUGUCCUGAUAUGGCUCCCCCCAAAGAACCUCGUGCCCAAGGGGAGGGAUCUGAUACCACGGGAUCUUGGGAAAAAAGCAACUGGUCUUCCCGUGCUGGGUCCACUAGCGAAGCAGCGCUGCUCCAUGGGCACCCUAGGCAAAUGAGUCAGGCUUCCCUGCUGCAUCCAGACAUCCGUCUCCACUCCAAUGUCAACACCAUUCUGAAAUAUGCCUAUGCUGUCUCGGGCCAGGAACCAUUGACCAGGAAGCCCAUCUCAGACCUGCUGGUGGCCCAGAAAAGUCUUGAGCCUGGAGAGGGCCCAGAGCUAACAGGCUCCCUGCAAGAUCAGCCAAUCGCAGCCACCCCUGAAACUUCCCCAUCAGUCAUGAGACCCAGUACCACAACUGAAAGGGCCAGAGAGCCGCACAUGCAGGAGAGCAUCCAACAGCUGAUCAACUCCGCUCUCUCCUUGGAGGGCUCUCCAGAGAUGGAAACCACUCAAGUGCCUGCAGGCACUGCACCAGAUGACAAGGGCUCAUUCAGUGGUGCCCAGACAGGGAUCCCAGAUGCAAGCAGCAGUGGCAGCCUCCUUGCGCUGGAGAGGGAUGAGGCCCUAGUGAUUCUCUGCUAUGCAAUGCUGGAGGGCAUCUGCCUAUCUUCAGCCAUUACCCAGGCUUGGAAGCGAAUGGAGGCAAGAGCCCUUGGAUUUGGCGAUUCAGUGUGUGACAGUACCGGGAGGCGCCACGUGGAUCUGUGUCCUGACUGCGCCUUCUGCUCACUGAAGCGGGAGCAGUGCCAAGGGGUGUCGAAUCUGAGACGUGUUCACUGUGAUGCUGGCACUUUCGCCACCUACAUCAACCCUGAGAUCUCUGCCCAGUAUCAGGCUGUGGGCAAUAAGGUCGGGUCCCUGGAGGCGGUGGGAUAUUAUGGGAUGGAAGCGUAUGGAGGGCUGCGUGCAGAUUACUGGUGUGGCCGCCUGGCCAUGCACGGCUGUGAUGACCCCCGCGUGACCCUUUGGCUGCAGGUGGAAUAUGCUUUCUUCCAAGAAGGAGACUUUCCAAGCAAAAUCUGUGACUCAGACAGAGUUCAGCACCCUAAUUACUGUGCUUUCAAGAGCCACCAGUGCCUGCAGCGCAGCCUCAACAGCCAGCAGGUGCUUCGCCAUGGUUGCCACAGGAAUGAGACCUACCAAGUGCUGAGCGACGAGAAAGGCGAGGAGGAGGUGCUACGCUGGAGCCAGAAAUUCUUCAGCUUCACGGAGGUGCCUCCAAGGCUCAGCAGCUAGGAAAAGAGAUUCCAGCAACAGGAGAGGCAUCAGGCCUGGGGUGAUUCAACUGAAGCCUCUUCCCGUUUCCAGGUUCCUGCCCCAAACCUGCCGUGUCUUUUACCCUCCAGUAUCCUGUCAUGGCAUCACCCGUGGGCGCUUCCUCUCUAUGAUGUUUGGUUUUAUAAAGGGCCCGGACAGCCCACGCACAUCA